UCUUUCGUUUUCAGCACUUGCUUUUCUCUUCACGAUGGCUGCAUCGGUGCAAUUUCCUUUCGAGGAGGAUCUUGGCUGUGCCAUCUGUUUGGAAUUGUUCACAGAUCCUGUUACAAUUCCCUGUGGGCAUAACUUCUGCAUGAACUGCAUCAAGAACUACUGGAGUAAAGAGAAAUCCCACACCUGCCCUGAAUGUCAGGUGAGCUUUCUUCACAAGCCUUACCUUUGCAAGAACAUUGCCCUAUGUAAUGUGGUGAAAAAAAUUUCCAAAGCAGAGGAGGUAACUUCUCAAGGGACCUGUUUUGACCCAGAUGAUGCUGUGUGCGAUUUUUGCGUUAGCCUGAAGAUUAAGGCCACUAAGUCCUGUUUAGAUUGCAAAGCAUCAUUCUGUGAUGCUCACUUUAGGCCUCAUCAUGUAAAUGCUGCACUGCGCCACCACAAGCUGGUAGAUGGCAUCAAAAAGAUGGAGAACCGAGAAUGCAAGAGACACAAUAGACCACUGGAACUGUUCUGCAGAACAGAUGAGACUUUCGUCUGUUGCAUAUGUAUAGUUCAAGAACACGGAGAGCACAAGGUUGUAACUGUAGAGGAGGAGAGAAUAAGGCAGCAGGAAAAGCUGGUAGGUAAAGAGGCAGCAUUGAAAAGCCUUGUAAAAAUAACUGAAAUUGAGAUUGGAGACUUGCGAAAGCAAACCGAGUCAAUUAAAGACACAGUAGUCACAGUGCAAACUGACAUUGCUGCCAAGUUCAAGGAAUUGGUCCAAGAUAUUGUAAAAGCAAAUACUACUGUCGCUGAAGUAAUAGAGAAAGAGAAAGAAGUGGUGUUGACUAAGUCUGAAGAAGCCAUUGUCAAAAAGGAACAGAAAUGUGAUAUGUUGAGAAAGAAGAAACUUCAGAUAGCACAACUUUCAGGUAUUAAUGACAAUUUCAAAUUCCUACAGGAGAUUAAAGCUUUAAAUAAUGAACAUGAAACGGCUUUGUCGCAAGUUAUCUGUGAUACGGAUAUUAGUUUGGUCAGUUUAAGACAAGUUGUAGUUAAACUCAAGGAACAACUGGAGAGUAAAUGCAAUGAAAUUGUCAAAAGUCUAGGCACCGAAGUGGCAGGACUGAGGCAGCAUUGGCCAAAGCCACCAGAAUCAAUGUCCCGGACGGAACUUCUCAUGCACUUCCGCCAAUUGACGUUUGACUCAAAGACAGCACACAAGUGCCUCUCCCUGACCAAUGGGAACCGUAAGGUAACAAACAUCUGGCCAGAGGAGGUUUAUGAUGUUGAUCAUUCAGAGCGGUUUGAUUGUUGCUGGCAAGUAUUAUGUGCAGAAAAGUUGGGUCAAGGUGUCCAUUAUUGGGAAGUUAAAAUCAGUGAAGGUAGCUGUGCAGGCGUGACAUAUAAAAGCAUAAAGAGAAAAGGACAUGACAACUCAUGUUUCAUCGGGAAGAACGACCAUUCUUGGGGUAUACAGGUGUACAGUACACAUUGCUCAGCAUGGCAUGACAAUACCGAAGUUAAAACAAAUUCUGAGAAGUAUGAACAAAUUGGUGUGUACCUGAACUAUUCUGAUGGAAAUCUCUCAUUUUAUGGUGUCAAUGACAAAGUUACUUUAAUGUACAGAUUCCAAGCUGCGUUCACUGAGCCAUUGUAUCCAGCUUUUAGACUUAUAAAUAGUCAGUCAUUUUGUUAUAUUUUUGGCUGAACUGGGCAACAUAUUAUUUUAGUAAGGCAUAGGGGAACACUUCAAUAUCAACAUAAGACAUUCACCCAUUAAAAUUGUUUAAAGGUACAUUUUUCCCAAGUUAUGGAGUUUAUCAGAGGCUAAGCCGAUGGUGCAGCAGGUGCGAGACAGAGCUAAGCGAUUGCAUAACCAAUGGAUCUGUUCCAAGUUCUGAUGUCCUGCCACAUCCAGUGGUCAAUGGACAGUGGUCAACUAAACAAUUCACUGGAUGAGGAGGCUCCAGGAAUAUCCCCAAAUCCACAGAUGAAGGAGACAAGCACAUCAGUUAAAAAAGAGAUAAGCCUGAAACAUUUGCAAUAAUCUUUAGCCAGAGGUGCCAACAUCACAGAUCCUAGGCUUUGGUCAAUUCGAUUCAUUCCACCUGAUAUCACGAGAGGACUGAAGGCACUGGAUACUGAAAAAGCUUUGGGCCCUCACAACAGUCUGGGAAUAGUACUGAAGACGUGUGCCCCAGAACUUGCUGUGCCCCCAGCCAAGCUAUCUUUUCCAGCACAGCUACAUGACUGGUAUUUUCCUGACAACAUGGAAAAUUCUCCGUGGAUGAUUUAUUAAUACUUGUUUCCGAGAUAUCAGCGUAUGUACUUUCGAAAACAUCUAAUGUAUUAGGAAACAAAACAAUUUUUUAAAAACCUUUGCUAAAAUUAAUUGAUAAAAUGUUAUAAAUGAGACCUGGUAUACUUUAAGAUGGUGACUGCCAGAGAUUAAACCCAUGCUGUCAGAGAUGCCUCAUCAUUGUGAUCUGUAUUUUAAGUGCAGUUGUUUUCUAGUCUUUGACUUUCAUUUCAAAAAGAAAAUUGGAAGGCAUGCAUGAUGAUGAAAUCAUAUGAUUUUACUACUGGUUUUGUAAUGAGCCACAGCCUGGAGAGAGAGA